UAAAAUAACCAAAAACAAUAUUUUUUUUUUGGUGUGAUAAACCAACCAAAACCAUUGAUUUAAAAUCCAUAUUAUCGAGUAUUAUCAAUUUUCCCUUCACUCAUAUUUUGGUGCGCAAUUUCCUUCAUUCCCAGUUCCCCUCACCCACCACUUUUUGCUUUACGUUUGUUCCGUUGCUCAACUACACGCCACUAUCCUUUUCGUAACCAGUCCAGUCCCCCUUUCUUUUCUCCCCACAGAAAUUCCUGAAUCGCAGGACAUUCCCGUCUUCAAUCUCCAUCUGACUGAUUCCGCCUUCAGCGAAUCCAGCAGCUCUCAACGCGCCGGAAAUUCCUACGCCGACUGGAUUCCUCGCCAUUCAUUACAGAAAACCAGGUUUGAUUCCUUCCCUUCCUAAUCUCUCGCUACCCUAUUCUUGAGCUACACCCUUUAACACCCUCCAAGAAUCAGAGAUUUUCUCUCUGAGAAGGACAAACAAAGAGAGAUAGAGAAUGAAAGGAACUCGAUCGGCCUCUGUUAGCUCUGUUUGAUGUUCUUCUCUCUAAUAAUUUGUGGACAUGUUUUGGCAUUAUGGUUCCAUUCCCAUGAUUUUCGGAGCCCAUUGAUUCGUGGGUCGUUGUCAAAUUUCUGUCUUUCUUUCUCUGUUGUUGAGAGAACCUAGAUAAAUAAGAUUAUGGCGUCUGGUGGUCUGGUUUCCUCUUCCACCGGGACCAUGGGUCGCUCUCUUGUUCUGAUUAUGCUUGCCGUAAUGGCGUUUAGUAGGUGCAUUAUAUGUAUGGCGACACCAGUAGAAGAAAGGAGUUUACUGGAAACGGGAGAAUUCACCCUCGACUCAGUGAGACAGUCUUUAACUGGCCAGGAAGACACCAUUGUGUACAGGUUGAUAGAGAGAGCCAAGUUUCCCUUGAAUUCUCGUCUCUAUGAUCAGAAAUAUGAGUUGGUCCCUGGAUCUCCUGUCACUUUGAUUCAAUUCCUUUUCAAGCAAACUGAAAUUGUUCAAGCCAAGGCUGGGAGGUACCUAAAUCCGGAAGAAACCCCCUUCUUUCCUGAGAAUCUUCCACCAUCAGUGAUUCAAGAUCGCACAUAUCCUGUGUUCCUGCACCCCCCUGCUUCUUCUGUUAACGUGAACAACAUCAUUUGGGAUGUCUACUUCAACAAAUUCCUUCCGUUGUUAGUCAAACCAGGGGAUGAUGGUAAUUAUGCUGCAACUUCUGCUAGCGAUAUCGAGUUGUUACAGGCACUCUCUAGGAGGAUUCAUUAUGGGAAAUUUGUGGCUGAAGUUAAGUACCGGGAAGCACCUCAUGAAUACGAGCCUCUAAUUCGUGCCAAGGACAGGAAUGCUCUGAUGAACUUGUUGACAUUCAAGAAGCAAGAGGAGAUGGUGAUGAGAAGGGUUGAGAAGAAAGGGAUGGUGUUUGGACAAUAUGUGAGCCUGAAUGACACAGAAAGCACUGGCAAGUACAAGAUUGAUCCAUCUCUUGUGUCUCAGCUCUAUGAGAAGUGGGUGAUGCCUCUAACGAAGGACGUCGAGGUCGAGUAUCUGCUCAAGAGAUUGGACGGAGAACAAAAGCAAGUGCCUUAAAUAUGAUAAUGCUAUAUGCCCUUGUAACAGAAGAUCCCUAUUGUUUUAGAUAUUCUUGAAUGGUGUAGUAUAGUAGUACAAACCGACUGUUUCUUAACAAAAUGCCUCCUCUCUGGGAAGUGACUUUAGGCCUUCUAUUCUAGCAAGUGAGGAGACUAGUUGAGUUUCAAUCAGAUUGUAUUACAAUACUUCCUACUUAUUCAGUUCCGUGGUGAGAAACACUCUUAUAGCGAAUGCAAACUUCUAUCUCAUUGAUGUAUUCUGAAAAUAUAAGAGAGUCGAACUCGAAAAACAUGAGGGGAAAUCAUGUUAGACCAGCUAAAUUCUCUGAGGUCCAUGGGCUUAAGUUCGGCCCGCCCCUUGACUCCCCUUCUCGUGGCCCAAUCGAACAACAUCGAAAGCCCGGCUUCUUUUCUUUUCCUAAUAAUCCCGCGCCUUUUCA